AUGGAGAAAACGGCUGGCAUUAUGGAAGUCCCUCAACACGAAGUCGUCGUGCCAGUGACUGCCCGCGCAGCCGCGGCGGAAGCCGUGGAAGAUGUUGUAUACGGCUCGGCUGCCGGCGUUAUCGGGAAAUACAUCGAAUACCCCUUCGACACGGUCAAGGUCCGCCUCCAAUCCCAGCCCGACAACCUGCCCCUCCGUUACAAAGGUCCCGUCGACUGCUUCCGCCAGUCUAUCAAGGCCGACGGUCUGCUCGGUCUCUACCGGGGCAUCACAGCACCUCUCGUGGGCGCGGCGGCGGAGACGAGCAGCCUCUUCUUCUUCGAGCGCCUCGGCCGAGAGGCCAUCUACCUGUCGGGG